CUUUUUAAAUAGAGCAUUUUUAAUAAACUUUGAAUACAAGGCUUUUUUUGUUUACGUGAAUGCAGUCAAAGAGAUUUCUAACUAGAAUACAGAGACAAUGCAUGAGAAUUGAAAGGCUGGUGCGUGUACCUUUAAGAUUAAGAACGAAACUGAAAGUAUUUAUUCAGUUAGUCGGUGUCGGUAAUCUGCAACCAGAUACAGUAAAGGAACCCAAACAGCAACACCGCAGAAAUGGUUGUGACAAUCUUCAUUAAAGGCCUGGAUGGUAAGACACAUUCAGUGUUUCUGGACGACACUGAGUUUCAGGGCACCACAGUGCUGGAUCUGAAACACAAGAUUGAAGCUCUCGAGGGAAUUUCAGAGUCACGACAGCGACUGAUCUUCAGAGGCAAGCAACUGGUGGACGACUUUCUACUAUCACACUACAUAAUUGAAAAGGAAUCAACCAUUCACAUGGUGAUAAGAUUGAGGGGUGGAGCUGAGCCUGGGGACCCGGGAGAUCCUGGACUGGGUGACAAGGAUGGGAAAAACAGAAGUAUGGAAAAGCUCUGGUUAUUUUAAAACCUUCCCUGGACAGAACUGUUUCCUGGAGACAUUUCAAUAACACACCAGAGCUUCACACAAGUGCCCAAACGAUUAUCCCAUAUCACACUGCUGGGAUUUUAGUGUAAAACCAAUAUUGGAUCAAUCAUUUAAUUUCAUAUGUCUUGCGCCUGCUCUGUGUGUGGACUGUUUAAAGUGUUUGAACAGGGAAAGUUAAUGGAUGUGUCUCGCACCUUGAUUUUUUUAGUCAACUUUCAUGGAGUGGCUUGAAGUUCAAAUCACUGUCAUCACUGCCAGUCCACUUCCUGUAGCACAAGUGUUAAUGCUAACCUUGUUUUACGUAUUGUGCAUCCAGGGAGCUGUUUCAUGAUAGAAAUCAAUGAUCAGGCAACACAUGAAAAAUGUUGACAGUUGUCAAAAGACUACAUUUGUUGUAAUAUGUGUCAUUAUUUGUUUUAUUUAGCUGUUGUUUAACUCAGUCCAACAUAAA